AUGGGCAAAGUCAAGAAGAUUGUCCGUUCGAUGCGCGCUCGGCUGAUGACAUCAAACUUUGGACGGAGCGAUGAUUCCACGGAUUCGUCCAUACCUAGCAUGGGGAGCAGAUCAAGAUUAACUUCCGAGACCCAAGCAACGGUCUGUAGCGGAUCACGAACAACAACAAUCUCCAACUUAGUAUCCAAGGAAUCUCUCUGCUCCGUUUCUGCGACACUAGACAGAACGCUGAGCAACGUUUUUCCCUUCAGAGAUCAGGUCAAUAGGAACACAGUUCAUCUAGACGCACGAGUCGCUCUCGAAGUCAACAUUACCAUACUGCGUUUCGUUGAGAGAUUACCACUUGAUGAGCUGCACCUUGUUGGUCGAGGGUCUGCGCUCUCCUUUUUCCCCGAUGACAACGACACGAUAACUAGUGACUCAAGCUUGUCUUUCGCAUGCCGCUCAGCAAGGGAAGUCGAAUGCGUCCAUGCAGCCCACCAACAUGGACACGGUGGGGGCGUCGCGCACGAACAACUCAAUCGCGUGUUUCCAGAGUUCGCCGAAGAGUUGCUUGCCAAAUCAAGGGCGCUGAACGUCACUGGUGUGGAAAACAGCAUGGACAAUCCGUUGGCAAUCCAUUCAGUGCGCCAACCAGAGCAGGAGUAUAUGCAACGGAAACGUAACAAUGACGCGAAUCCGUUUGAUGGGCUUGCUGGUCCAACGCACCGCGAUAAAGUCGAACAUUGGCUCAUUGUCCAAGAAGACUUCAGUAUAAAGGCAGAGGCGGAAUCUUCGGAUCCGCAAUACCGCAAGGUUGAUCUUUCGUUCAGACCGCAGGCACAUAUGGAUCGCACCCCUUCCUUCACAAGACGGUCGUUCGACUCCUGUGAUCUCUUUCUGGAGUCUAUUGGUCUUCUAGUCGCCAAGGAUGAUCAUGAAACCAUUGGCGACGAAGAUUUCGACAAUCUGCCAGACUGGUCUGAUGUAGAGGACGAUCCGGAAUACAACGUGUUUUUCGAGAAGCCGGAGUAUCAGUGGUCAGAAAGCGCAGCAUCAUCCAAUUUCACUGCGGAGCUAGAAAGUGCGACAGACGAGCUUGUACGAUCUCCGCAGCACAUGAUGAGUGACGAAGAGGCGCUGUCAGAUUGGUCGGACGUGGAAUAUGAAGCAGAAUACAACAAAGCCGAAAAGCAGUCGUUUACCAGCAACUCCAGUAGUGCGAAAGGCGUGCCAGAUCUGAUUAUGCCUGCAGUAUACCUACCCUCUUGA